AUGGUGAUGGGGUACAGUGGCACCUCUGCCCUGAUACGAAGAGGAUGGCAGCAGGAGCGCUUCCACUGGCAGAGCCAGAAUGAGCAGAGCGGUGUGGACGACAUGGUGCUGCUCUCCAAGAUCAACGAGGAGGCCAUCGUGGAGAACCUCAAGCGUUUCAUGGAUGAUUUCAUCUUUACCUACAUCGGGCCUGUGCUCAUCUCCGUGAACCCCUUCAAGCAGAUGCCGUAUUUCACCGACCGCGAGAUCGAGCUGUACCAGGGCGCGGCUCAGUAUGAAAAUCCCCCCCAUAUCUACGCCCUGACUGACAACAUGUACCGGAACAUGCUGAUUGACGGGGAGAACCAGUGUGUCAUCAUCAGUGGAGAAAGCGGGGCCGGCAAAACGGUGGCGGCAAAAUACAUCAUGGGCUACAUCUCCAAAGUGUCCGGGGGUGGGGACAAGGUGCAGCACGUGAAGGACAUCAUCCUGCAGUCCAACCCACUGCUGGAAGCCUUUGGAAAUGCCAAAACUGUCCGGAACAAUAACUCCAGCCGCUUUGGGAAGUACUUCGAGAUCCAGUUCAGCCGGGGUGGAGAACCCGACGGGGGGCAGAUCUCCAACUUUCCUGAGAAGUCGCGGGUAGUGAGCCAGAACGAGUGCGAGGAGGAAUUCCACAUCUACUACCAGCUCAUCGAAGGGGCGUCCCAAGAGCAACGACAGAACCUGGGCAUCAUGAGCCCGGACUAUUACUAUUACCUGAACCAGACAGACACCUACCAGGUGGAAGGCACGGAUGACCGCAGCGACUUCCAUGAGACCAUGAAUGCCAUGCAGGUCAUCGGCAUCCAGGGUGAGGACCAGCAGCUGGUGCUGCAGAUCGUGGCCGGGAUCCUCCAUCUGGGAAACAUCAGCUUUCGCGAGGAAGGGAACUACGCCCGGGUGGAAAACGUGGACUCCCUGGCCUUCCCUGCCUACCUGCUGGGGGUCAACCAGGACCGCCUGAACGAGAAGGUGACCAGCAGGAAGAUGGACAGCAAGUGGGGCGGCCGCUCCGAGUCCAUCACUGUCACCCUCAACGUGGAGCAGGCGGCCUACACCCGCGACGCCCUGGCCAAGGGGCUCUACGCCCGUGUCUUUGACUUCCUCGUGGAGUCCAUCAACAGGGCCAUGCAGAAGCCGUAUGAGGAGUACAGCAUUGGGGUGCUGGACAUCUACGGCUUCGAGAUAUUCCAGAAAAAUGGCUUUGAGCAAUUCUGCAUUAACUUUGUGAAUGAGAAGCUGCAGCAGAUCUUCAUAGAGCUGACCCUGAAGGCAGAGCAGGAGGAAUAUGUGCAGGAGGGGAUCAAGUGGACCCAGAUCCAGUAUUUCAACAACAAGGUGGUGUGUGACCUAAUAGAGAACAAGCUGAACCCCCCUGGGAUCAUGAGUGUCCUGGAUGACAUCUGUGCCACCAUGCAUGCCACGGGCGAGGGCGCGGACCAGACCCUGCUGCAGAAGCUGCAGGCGGCCGUGGGUACCCACGAGCACUUCAACAGCUGGAGCUCGGGCUUCAUCAUCCACCACUAUGCAGGCAAGGUGUCCUACGACGUGAACGGCUUCUCUGAGCGCAACCGGGACGUACUGUUCACCGACCUCAUCGAGCUCAUGCAGAGCAGUGAACUCGGUUUCAUCCGGAUGCUUUUCCCAGAAAAACUUGAUUCUGACAAAAAGGGACGACCAACCACGGCGGGCUCCAAAAUCAAGAAACAGGCCAAUGACCUGGUGAACACGCUAAUGAAGUGCACUCCACACUACAUCCGCUGCAUCAAACCCAAUGAGACCAAGAAACCCCGGGACUGGGAGGAGAGCAGGGUGAAGCACCAAGUCGAGUACCUGGGGCUGAAGGAGAACAUCCGGGUGCGCCGGGCGGGAUUCGCCUACCGCCGGCUCUUCCACAAAUUCCUGCAACGCUACGCCAUCCUCACCCCCGAGACGUGGCCGUCGUGGCGCGGGGACGAGCGCCAAGGGGUGCAGCACCUGCUGCGCUCCGUCCACAUGGACCCCGACCAGUACCAGAUGGGCCGGAGCAAAGUGUUCGUCAAGAACCCCGAGUCGCUCUUCCUGCUUGAGGAGAUGCGGGAGAGGAAAUUUGACGGCUUCGCCCGCGUGAUCCAGAAGGCCUGGCGCCGGCAUGUCGCCAUCAGGAAGUACGAGCAGAUGAGAGAGGAGGCUGCCAGCAUCCUCUACAACUUCAAGCAGCGGAGGAGGAACAGCAUCAACAGGAAUUUCGUGGGUGAUUACCUGGGCAUGGAGGAGCGGCCGGAGCUGCGCCAGUUCCUGGCCAAGCGGGAGCGGAUCGACUUCGCCGACUCCGUCACCAAAUACGACCGGAGGUUCAAGCCCAUCAAGCGGGAUUUCAUCCUCACCCCCAAGUACUUCUACCUGAUUGGGCGGGAGAAGGUGAAGAAGGGCCCUGAGAAGGGGCAGAUCAAGGAGGUGCUCAAGAAGAAGGUGGAGCUCCUGGCAGUGAGCGGAGUCUCGCUGAGCACCAGGCAGGAUGACUUCUUCAUCCUCCAUGAGAAGGAUGCCGACAACUUCUUGGAGUCCAUCUUCAAGACGGAGCUGAUCAGCCUGUUGUGCAAACGCUUUGAGGAGCUCACCCGUUCCAAGCUGCCCCUCUCCUUCAAGGAUACACUACAGUUUCGGGUGAAGAAGGAGGGCUGGGGCGGUGGUGGCACCCGCAACGUCACCUUCAUCAGAGGACAGGGUGACACGGCCACCCUCAAAGCUGGAGGCAAAACCCUUACGGUCAGCAUCGGGGAUGGGCUCCCCAGGAAUGCCAAGCCCACAAGGAAGGGGGCAACGCAGAGCAGAGGCGGCAGCAGGGUCCCAGCACCCUCCCGGACCGCCCCACCAGCACCGAGAGGAGCCUGCAGGAAUGGGGCACCUCAGUUCCCACAGGGUGAUGGGCGGCCACAGAGGGACACCUACAAGGUGCCCCAGAAGCAGACACGGGGCCCACCGGCCACGGCACUGCCCCCCCUGAACGCUGGCCACCAGCCCAGGACACGGCCCCCAUCUGAGCACAACAUGGAUUUCCUCAACGUGCCUGACCAGGGGGUAGCUGGGAUGCAACGCCGGCGCAGUGUGAGCCAGCGGCCGCCCCCGGCCCGGCGGCCCAAGGCCCAGCCCAAGGCGGUGCCGCGGUGCCGGGCGCUCUACCAGUACGUCGGGCAGGACGUGGAUGAGCUCAGCUUCAACGUGGGGGACAUCAUUGACAUCCUGCUGGAAGAUAUCUCAGGCUGGUGGAAAGGCCGCCUGCACGGCAAGGAAGGGCUUUUCCCUGGGAACUACGUGCAGAAGAUCUGAGCUGGGCGCAGCGACCACGUGGCUGGAGGCAAAGAGGGGGUCACCACCCUCCCAGCCCACCUCUGUGAGGCUGUGCCACAUGGAUCCAUGGUAGUUCUCCACCAAUGUUUAUUAUGGAGCAAGUGCUUCCCGCUGUGCUGGUGCCAACCACUGAAUCCCACAGCUGCUUUAGCAGGUGGCAUUCCCACAGCAAGGACAGGUUCUUUGCUGCUUGUUCAUACUCUGGGACUGAAACUAUCAUGGGGUAUAAAUAGGAUUGUUGUUAAUAAUUAUGGUAAAUAGUCAGACUCGGCAAAUCUGACUCAGAAAUUGGGUUUGGGGGUUGUGUUUCACACCAAUGCCAUCCCAUGGCUCCCACUGGCCCCAUGACAAGAGCUCUGAUGCGGGUAGACACUUACAGGAGGCAGCCCCAUUCCACCCACAUUAAACCCUCCAGAAGACAUUGAAUACAGAAACCAGCUCGCCCAGGAAUUCAGCUCAGGCAUCUCCACAUCCCAGCGUGGCUCUGGAUCACUCACAGCCAGUGGGAGCUGCCAGGGCAGCAGCAAAGCAGGACCAGGGCACCAUCACCAAUCCCUGAUUUCUCACAGGUAAAGCUCCAAGGAUCAAUUAGACAAAGUCCAUGGAGCUGUGACACGUUUUUCUGAUGGUGGUCAGAAGAGUGCUGGGCCCCCCCAGUUUGCAGAGUGGGAGUCUCAUCUAUGGGGGGCCAGGGUUGAUGUGUGGGGUGGAAAUCACCAUCCUUGGGAUUCAGGGACACUCUACAUCCCGAACUCCCAGGACAGGAUUCAGGAACACUCUC